GUGAGAUUGGGAUGGUUGUGCAAGGCAUUGUUGGAAUGAAGAUUGUUCAUAGGCAUUUCACUACUUUAAUUUAAAGAAAUAGACUCUUUAAACUAGGUUUUCCUAAUCAUUCUGGUUUCAUUUAGAGACUCGUUGAAAGAUAUCAUGACUUCAAAUGAAAUUCUUUCUUGUACGCCCAAUGAGGAUGUAGUAACAAAGUCAAUGUAUCGCUUUAAGGUUUGGAACUUGUUAGAAAACAAAGAUCUUGUCCGAUUUCCUCGGCCAUGCAAGGGGCGAAUACCAAACUUUGUGGAUUGUGUAGUUGCAGCAGAAAAACUCUCAGCUCUUGAUAUCUUUAAAAAGGCAGAAAUAAUCAAAGUGAACAUAGAUAAACCUCAAGAAUCGGUGCGGUUUACUGUACUUGAAGAAGGUAAAACACUGCUGGUUCCAAUGCCCGGUCUCACAGAUGGGCUUGUCAUGAAAGUGACUCCUCCACGGGAUGCGAGUAGGCCUCUUUUGAGAAUGGCCUGCAAGAGGAGAGGUGCCAGUGAUUUUGGAAAACCUAUUGACCUGAAUGAAAAGAUCCAAGUUGAUAUGAUAGUAUUGGGCUCUGUUGCUGUAUCUAAAGAAGGUCACAGAAUUGGGAAAGGUGAAGGAUUCUCAGACCUGGAGUACGCCGUCAUGGCAGCCUGUGGUACUGUGACCGAAGAUACUGUUAUUGUCACAACAGUCCAUGACGAACAGAUUUUUGACAAACUACCACACGAGUUGUUUCAACCAUUUGAUGUGCCUGUUGACUUCAUUGUUACUCCGACCCAAGUUAUAGAAGUAACUCCUCGACUUCCAAAGCCCAAGGGAAUCUUGUGGAAUGUGCUGUCUGACAGACGACUACAGCUCAUACCGAUGCUGAAGACACUACGGGAUAAAGAUAUGAAAUCCGGGAAAGACUGCACGCUAAAGGAAGUAGACUCAGAGCCUGAGGAGCGGACCAGACCAUAUUAUCGACCAUCACUGCCACGCCGCAGAAUGUAUGUCCCACCACGUAGACCGAGCCAGGAAUCCCGUAACAACUCGCCCCAGGGCAGACGCACUCGCACAUUCCGACGUGGAGGCAGCCAACGCAAGCAGGUGGAUGGAUCCGGUGACGCUGAUGUCACAACCAAUGGUCCAAGAGAUCAAAGAGAACAGAGGGGAGGAAAGUUUGACAGAAAAAUGAACGGUGAAAAUAAAGAGAACCUGCAGCAACAAUCAAGACAAAAACCUAUUCGAAGGGUACAACGCCGUUUCUACAAAAAUAGACUACCUGUGGAUUUUAGUGUCAAGGUUGGUAACAUUGGCUCAGCUGUGCGGGUGAGAGAUCUUAAGGCUGCUCUAAAUGAGAAGGGAGUAAGGCCUCGAGAAAUAACAUGGAAAGGAGCAAGAGGAUUCGCUUUGUUGCAUUUUGCGAAGAUGAAAGCUCAGCCAGAACAGCCAACAGCAGUGGAUGAUGUUAUUGCUUCAUUGCAAGGAUUGACAGUGAAAUGCAAGAGAGAAGCUGAGAUUCAAGAAACACUUCUUUCUGUUGAACCUGCAAAGCCAAUUUCAAGAAUUGAGAAUGCUGGUGUUACAUCAGUUUAAAUAUAAAUCUGCAUACUUAUUAUUCCUUUGUAUUUUAUCAAGUAAUUUUCGCUUUUGUUUUCUUUGUUUGUAAUUUUUUCAAAUGUUAAGAUGGCUUCACUUUUGCUUUUGUUGGAAUAUUUUAUUAAUGGAAUCAGUUGUAUUAAAACAAUAUGCUACAUUUUUCUUAAUCUGUAAAAUAACAACAUUAGUACCAUAACAUGUUGUAUAAUAUGUUGGAAUGUUUCAAAAACAUUUCAACACAUGUAACAGUAACUGGGCUAUAAAAGAUCAAUUUCUAGUAAAUCGCCAAAGAAGUCAAUUAUAGUUUUGUAAGUUGUUUGUAACUGUAAAGAUCUGUCAGUAUAACUGUUUUGUUUAAUACUUAAACAAUAUCAUAAAAUUUUAGAAAGUUUUAUAUUUUAUUUAAAUUCUCAAUACUUCAUCAUUUAUACACCACCAGCUUUAUUUUUAAUAAAUAGAUUCAAAACAAAUAUUUACUUACAGGCUACAAUUCUUAAUAAUUAAAAAAACAGUGUUCAAGAAAUGAUAAUCAUAAAUCAUAAGUAUUUUUUAGUAUUUACCUAAUACAUUUAGCCAAAUAUGACUGCCUCUAUAAGUAUUUGUAUUUUGAUAUUUAAAUUAUUUUACUGUAAUGAACAUAAUCUGCUUUAGCUUUUAGUGUAGCUUAAUAUUUAAAGACAAACUAAAAGACUGUUCUGUAUGACUUGUUCUUUAAUAUUAUGUUUAACUUAAAAUUCAAACAAAUGUUUUUAAUUCUUUUGUUUUAUUCAGUAUUGCCAUUAUAAAAUAAUUUUGAAAUAAAAUUGAGUUUUUUGUUAGGUUGUAUAUUGAGAUAUUUUUAUGCAUUACAUAAAUGGCAAAACUGAGUGUACUUUAAGCAUGUACAAAGCAUUCGCAAUCUUGUGAUAACAUGUACCUGUACAAGUUGGUUUUAAUUUUUUCUCUCGAGCAAUGUUCUUUAUCAUUUCUGUGAUUAUUAGUGCAUUUUCAUUAUUUUUACAUUUUUAGUUAGUUGCUUUUGUUUAGUUUUUGUUAACUGAUGCUGCAACUGUAACACCAUAAUGAAGAUUGAUAAUAUUUUCCAUAAAACUGUUAAAAGAUAGUUUUUUUGUUGUUACCAUUAGUAUUGUUAAAAUUAAACUGAAAAUGUUAUCAAUA